AUGGAUGGCCGCGACUUCGCACCGCCGCCGCAUCUGCUGUCGGACCGCGGGAGCCUGGGCCACCGCAGCGCCGCCGCUGCCGCGCGCCUCGCCCCGGCCGGGCCCGCUGCGCAGCCCCCGGCGCACUUCCAGCCCGGAAAGUACUUCCCGUCGCCGCUGCCCAUGGCUUCGCACACAGCCAGCAGCCGCCUGAUGGGGAACUCUCCGGCCUCCUCUUUCAUGGGCAGUUUCCUCACCAGCAGUCUGGGCUCAGCGGCCUCCGCGCAUCCCAGUGGCCCCAACCCCUCCCCCUCGGAUCAGGCCUACCGUGGCUCCCACCCCACCACCUCCCAGAUCUGGUUCUCCCACUCCCACGAAGCUCCAGGGUACCCCAGAUUUUCAGGGAGUCUGGCAUCUACCUUCCUACCCAUGAGCCACUUGGAUCACCAUGGAAACAGCAAUGUUCUCUAUGGGCAACAUCGUUUCUAUGGAACCCAAAAAGAUAACUUCUACCUGCGCAACCUGCCGCCCCAGCCCACGCUCCUGCCCGCCAACCACAACUUCCCCAGCGUGGCCCGGGCCGCCCCCGGCCACCCCAUCGGCUCCUGCAGCCGCGACCGGGGCGAGGCCGGCCACCUGCAGAAGGGCGCCAAGGAGUUCGACCGCUUCCUCAUGGGCAAAGAGAAAGCCGGCAAGGCGGCCGAGGGCAAGGAGCGGCCGGCGGUGGAGGAGGACGUCGUCAGGGGGCGGCACAAGCUGGUGCUGCCCAUACCGGGGGACUCGCACUGCAAGGAGGGUGGCGUGGCCCGGGGUGCCUGCGAGGGCCGCCCCAAACACCUGGCCUCCUGCCUUCUCAACACCAAGGUGCUCGACGGUGAGCUGGGCAGGUCCGCGCUGGCCAGCUGCGCGGGGGGUGUGCUGGGGCGGCCGGGUGUGGGCGUGCCGGCCUCCGGACGCUGCACCAAGGAGGCAGCCGGCCCCGUGGAGCCUGGGCCAGCCUUCGGCGAGUGCCUGGAGCGGAGGCAGCUGCUGCACCAUGCCGUGCCCUACACGGUGCCGUCUGGCCUGCCCGCCGGGCCGCCCCCACCCCUCAGCACGGCCGCCGGCUCCUUCCCCUGCCUGCAGCUGCAUGGGGGCCCGGAUGGGCUCUGCCCCCUGCAGGACAAAGUCCCCCGGGACCCGAAGGCCAGCGGGCCCACCUUCGUGCCUUCCGUGGGACACCUGGCCGACAAGAGCCGCCCGUUCCAGGUGGCCGAGGCCUGUGCCGUGGCGGGUGAGGGCAAGGACCGGCACCUGGAUGGGGCUGCAGUGCCUGACCAUGCUGCGCUUUAUGGGGUCUCCUAUGCCCACCUGAAGGCCGAGGGCAAGGGCGAGCGGCGGCCCGGGAGCUUCGAGGCGGCCCUCAACCCCCGGCUGAAGGGCCUGGAGUACCUGGACAGCGCAGGCCCCGAGGCCCCCUUUCCGGGGCUCCCCAAAGCAGGUCUGGACAAAAGCGGCUACUUUGAGUUACCCGCCCCCUCACAGGACUGCGCCCGGCCAAGUCACCAGGACCCGUUGGGCGGGAAAGUCACCCAGGCCUGCUGCACUUUAGACAAGACUGCCAGCAAGGAGACCCCUGUGGGUGCCCCCGGGGCCCAGAAGGUGGCUCGUAUCCGGCAUCAGCAGCAGUCGGUGGCCCCCGAGGUAGAGCCGGGGGGCAGCGGGGCUGAGGCCAAGCGCAAGUCUCUGGAGCUGGCGUCUCUGGGCUACGGCGGGCCGCCCCCGCACCCCUGGAGUGUCCAGUCGGGCCAGGGGGCCGCCGUGGCCAUCAGCGAGGAGUGCAAGGCUGGCGCCUACCUGGACCCCUUUGGCGGCACCCUGCAGCAGGCCGCCCUCCUGCCUCAGGACCUGCCCGCCCCGCCUGACGAGGUCUCGGCCAUGAAGAACCUGCUCAAGUACAGCAACCAAGCACUGGUCGUCGGCCAGAAGGUGCCCUUCGUGGGCCUGGGGGGCCUGAAGGCCAGCUGUGCCCAGCAGGACGGGAAGUUCCCCGCCUCCAAGGGCACGGGCCAGGCUCCCGGCGACAUGGAAAGGCCCGACUGUGCCCGAAGCCGAGAGCACGACGCUCCGCAUGGCGAUGGGGAGGUGCGGCAGCCGCCUGUGGGCAUUGCGGUGGCCUUGGCCCGGCAGAAGGACACGGUGAGCCGGGCGGAGUCAGCCUACAGUGCCAACACAGGGCGGCAGGGCCGGGCAGCCCCCGCCUUCAAAGCUGGCGGUGGGCCCCGCUCCGCCCACGCUCUGGACCUGGAGGCCGAGGAGGAAAGGGUGCGUCUGUGCGAGGACCGCUUGGGGCUCGCCGGCCGUGAGCUGCUGCUGCAGGACAACAAGGACCUCGUGGAGUUCGCCCGGAUCCACCCGUCAAGCGGCUGCCCUGGAGACCUGGCCCCCCAUCUCAUGAUCGCCGGGGGCUCCUCCCUGCAGAGCAGCCAGCUGGGCGGGGACCCAGCCCCCCAUCCCCACCCUGCCCACCCCCCCUGGCUGCCCCGCACCCGCAGCCCCUCCCUGUGGAUGGGGGGACAUUCCUACGGCCUCGGGCACCCUGCCCUGCACCAGAACCUGCCCCCCGGCUUCCCUGCGUCCGUGCCUGGCUCCAUGCCCCCCGUCUUCCCCCUCUCCCAGGAUGCCCCCACACAGCUCGUCAUCCUGCCUCCUGAGCCCACGCCCCACGCCGCCCCCCAUGCGCUUGCUGAUGUCAUGGACCAGGCUUCACUGUGGCCCCCCAUGUACGGGGGCCGGGGCCCUGCCUCCCACAUGCAGCACCCAGGCCAGCUCCCUGUCUACUCGCGGUCCCAGUUCCUACGGCAGCAGGAGCUCUACGCCCUGCAGCAGCAGCAGCAGCGGGCCGCUCAGGCUCUGGAGCAACAGCGGGCCACCCAGUUCCAGCAGAAGCCUGAGGACCGCCACCUGGAGCUGGAGGAGCCCGCCCAGGAGAAGGCCUUGAAGUCCACCCACAAGCCAGUUGCCUUAACCCCCACGGCCAAGGGCACCCCCUCACCCGCCACCGCAGGCCCUGCCAAGCUGUCACCCUGCUGCCACUCUCCCGCCCCGAAGCCCCCCGCCGCCAGCUGCCCUACACCACCGCCGCAUCCUGGCGCCCCGUGCACUUUAUCCGUCUGCCCCACCGGCAGCCCCGGGCCAGGCUCCAAGCUGCCCAGCGCCGAGGAGAAGAGUGGGGAGGGCCAGCGGCCCGGAGCCGACCUCAACACGUUGGAACCAGACCUGCCUCCCGGAUACACGUGCCCUGCGGCGGGCUCGGGCUUCUCCCUGCCCCGCAUUGUGCACUCAUCUGACCUCUCGGACCCCGAAACUAUGCAAACCGCCCCGCCGGGGGCCCAGCCUGAGCUGGCCAGGACGUUCCCACCCGGGGAGCUGGGCCCACACAGCCCCCAGAACCUGGAGGAGCCUGGGCUGCCCUCAGGGGCCAGGGAGGCCACCCAGGACCUUGCCGCACACCCCAACCCUGCCGAGCGGGGACCCCCGGGGAAGGCAGCGGACCCCAGCCCACUGGAGGGGCUGCGAGAACUGCAGUGUGGGGCCCUCCUCGAGGGAGGGGGACCUGAGGCCACUGGCCAGGCUGAUUCUACUCAGGGAGGGGCCCAAGAGGAGAGGACCACAGAGGAGGGACGGGAGGAGGGAGAGCAGGGGCCCUCAUUGGGGGCCAGCCCCCAGGCCACAGAGCAGCCGGCAAGGAGCCUGGGUGCCCCGGAUCAGGCCACGCCGGGCGAGCAGCAGGCCCCUGCAGAAGCAGAGGCGGAGGAGGCGGCCAAGUUCAAGGAGGCCGAGCUGGAGGAGGAGGAGGAGGAGGACUGGGGGCUGACUCCCGAAAACAGCCAGCCGCCCAGGGAGCUGCCGGGUCUGGACGCCCUGGUGGCAGCCACCAUCAACCUGGGGGAUCUGCCCGCUGUCAGCCCACUGGACCCUCAGCCCCGCACUGUCCCUGGGCCACCCAGCACAGCUCCCCUGCCCCGUAGCUCAGGGAUUCAUGGCAUUGCCCUGCUCAGCGAGCUGGCCGACCUGGAAAUCCAGCAGCAGAGGACUGAGCCAGACCUACAAGAGGAGGAGGAUGUGCUAGCCUUCAACCUGCAGCGCCUGGCCACGCUGGCCUCAGCCUGGUCCCUGGUAGAGGCUGCUGGCCUGGACAGCCCCGCCUCCUUGGCCCAGCCCUCCACUGCCGACUCCUGCAGGGCUCCCACGCUCACCCCCCGUAUGCAGAUCCUGCAGCGCAAGGACACCUGGACCCCCAAGACCAAGCCUGUAUGCCCACUGAAGGCUGCCAUCGACCGGCUGGACACACAGGAGGUAGAGAUGCGCGUGCAGCUGGCGGAGUUGCAGAGGCGCUACAAGGAGAAGCAGCGGGAGCUGGCCCGGCUGCAGCGCAGGCAUGACCAUGAGAGAGACGAGAGCUCGCGGAGCCCUGCCAGGCGAGGCCCCGGCCGGCCACGGAAGCGCAAAUACUCCAGCUUGCUGCCUGCCCUGCGACCCAGCGAAGGCAAGAAAGUCAAGGCAGUGCGGUCCAGCCUGAGCCUGCUGUGCACCGAGCUGCGGGGCGGCGAUGAUGAGCCCUCGAAGAAGCGAGGCCGGCUGGAGAAGGGCACCUACGCGGGCCUGCAACCCGCAUCUGCGGAGAAGGUUCGGUGCAAGAAGAGCAGCGGUCAGGGCGACCUGGCAUCUGCAGUGGCCCACAAGGUGGCCCAGCUGAAGCCGAAGGUCAAGAGCAAGGGGCUGCCCACCAGCCUCAGCCCCUUCCGGCGGAAGGAGGCCACCCCAGGGGGUCGCAUCCGGAAGAAGCUGUCGCGAGCCAAGAGCGCCAAGGUGUCUGGGGCAGCCCGGCACCCACAGCCAGAUGGUGGUGCUGCUGGCAGGGAGACACCUAAGUUCCCAGCCCAGCCGGCAGCGGCCACAACACAUGAGGCAGGCAACGGCUCGGACAGUGAAAACUGCGAGGGUCUGUUGGAAACAGAGGCACCUCCCAAGGAGCCCGGGCUGGCACUGCACGCUGGGGCCCGCGUGGCCGUGCUGGGGCCCUCGCCCUCCUCCGUGGUCAAGAUGGAGGCCAACCAGAAGGCCAAGAAGAAGAAGGAGAGGCAGGGCUUGCUAGGGGCCUGCCGCCUGUCCAGCCCCGAGAGUGAGGUCAAGGUCAAGAGGAGGACGGUGAAGGCCAAGGUGGGCGGCAAGCUGGAGCGGGCCCCGGGGCGCAGGCCCCCAGGUGGGCCUGGCAAGAAGAAAGCCAAGGGCAAGGCCAAGGGCAGCCUGCGGGCAGAGCCGGGGGCCACACCCGGCAGGGAAGCCCUCUGCAGCCCCACCCGGGCCUUCACCUGCCACGAGGAGGGCAGCAGGCUGGCCAGUGAGCGCCUCAAGAGAGCCACGCGCAAGAGCACGGUGCUCCAGCCAGGGCUGCGGUCACACUCUGGGACUCCUAUUCAGGGUCACACUCAGGGUCGGCCUGAGUCACACCAUGGUCAGGCUGGGGGCAGGAAGGCUGGUGCCACCCUCACCUCAGCCCCUCCCCUCCGACAGCGGAAGAACGGGGCCCUGUCCAUCGCCCUGUCGCCCCGCAACGCCAAGGCCAUCCUGGGGAGGGGCAGGAAAGCGGGCAAGGUGAAAACCAAGGCUGCCGGCAAACAGGGCAAGGGCCGGGCGGUGAGCCGGCUGCUGGAGAGCUUCGCAGUGGAAGACGACUUUGAGUUUGAAGACAGCAGCAGCCUCUCAGAGGAGGAGGAGGCCAGGGGCCCCCUGAGCGCCGAGCAGAGCGCCGCCUUGGCACGCUCAUGCACCAUCCACAAGGAGGACCUACAGGACGGGCUGCCCGUGCUCAUCCCCAAAGAGGACAGUCUGCUAUACGCAGGCAGCGUCAGGACCCUGCAGCCCCCCGACAUCUACAGCAUCGUCAUCGAGGGUGAGAGAGGCAACCGGCAGAGGAUCUACUCACUGGAGCAGCUGCUGCAGGAGGCGGUUCUUGAUGUCCGGCCACAGUCCAGCAGGUACCUCCCGCCCGGCACGAGGGUCUGUGCCUACUGGAGCCAGAAGUCCCGCUGCCUGUACCCAGGCAGCGUAGUGCGAGGCGCCUCCAGUGAUGAGGAAGACGACCUGGACUCCGUGGUGGUGGAGUUUGACGAUGGGGACACCGGCCACAUUGCUGUCUCCAACAUCAGGCUGCUGCCUCCGGACUUCAAGAUCCAGUGCACAGAGCCCUCGCCAGCCCUGCUGGUGUCCAGCGGCUGCCGAAGGACCAAGAAAUCUUCCUGCGAGGCGCCCCCACCUGGUGAGGCCGCCGCUCCCAGCCUGUCUCCCAAGGCACACGAUGGCCCUGAAGCCUCAAAGACCCCCGGGAAGAAAUCCGCAGGCAAAGACAAAGCUGGCAAAGCGGAGCUCCUGGCCUCUGGCACCAAGCCCUCCGCGGGGGCCUCAGACCACUUCCUGGGCCGCCGGGGCAGCCCGCUGCUGAGCUGGUCCGCGGUGGCGCAGACCAAGCGGAAGGCGGUGGCCACGGCCGCAGCAGGUGGCAAGGGGCCGGGCGUGCUGCAGAACCUCUUCCAACUCAACGGCAGCGCCAGGAAGCUGCGGGCCCGCGAGGCGCUCUUCCCCGUCCACAGCGUGGCUGCUCCCGUGUUUGGCAACGGCUUCCGCGCCGACUCCUUCAGCAGCCUGGCCAGCUCCUACGCUCCCUUUGUCGGCGGGGCCGGGCCCGGCCUGCCCGGGGGUGCCCACAAGCUGCUGCGGGCCAAGAAGGCCGAGCGGGCGGAGGCCGAGAAGGGCGGGCGGCGGCGGGCGGGCGGCGAGUUCCUGGUCAAGCUGGACCAUGAGGGCGUGACCUCCCCCAAGAGCAAGAACUGCAAGGCGCUGCACGCGGGUGACAAGGAUGUGGGGCCCAGGCCAGGGAGGCCCCUGCCCGGCCCCAGCUAUGGGCACCCGGCCCUUGUGGGCAAGGACAGGAAGGGGCGGUCGCCUGUCCACCCGCUGCCCAUGGGGCUGGCGCUGCGCAAGUUCGCAGGCCAGGCCGAGUACCCGCUGCCCUGCGACAGUGACUGCCACAGCUCCUACUCGGACGAGGAGGAGGACGGGCCUGGCCUGGCCCCCGGCGUGCCCUCCCGCUUCCUCGCCCGCCUUUCCGUGUCCUCCUCCUCCUCGGGCUCAUCCACCUCCUCCUCCUCUGGCUCCCUGUCCACCUCCAGCCUCUGCUCCUCGGAUGACGAGGGCUCCUCCUACAGCUCAGACGAGGAGGACCCAGCCCUGCUGCUGCAGACCUGCCUCACCCACCCGGUGCCCGCCCUCCUGGCCCAGCCCGAGGCCCUGCGCUCCAAGGGGGCUGGCCCACACCCGCACGCCCAGCGCUGCUUCCUGUCCAGGGCCGCGGUGGCCGGUGGGGGCGUGGGCGCGGGCCCCAGCAGUGGCAGACCCAGGCUCAAGCGCAAGGAGGCCCUGAGCUUCUCCAAAGCCAAAGAGCUGUCCCGGAGGCAGCGGCUGCCCUCCGUGGAAAACCGGCCAAAGAUCUCAGCCUUCCUGCCUGCCCGGCAGCUCUGGAAGUGGUCGGGGAACCCCACACAGAGACGCGGCAUGAAGGGGAAGGCCAGGAAGCUGUUCUACAAGGCCAUCGUCCGGGGCAAGGAGACGCUUCGCAUCGGGGACUGUGCCGUCUUCCUGUCAGCUGGGCGGCCCAACCUGCCCUACAUCGGCCGCAUUGAGAGCAUGUGGGAGUCGUGGGGCAGCAACAUGGUGGUGAAGGUCAAGUGGUUCUACCACCCAGAGGAGACCAAGCUGGGGAAGCGGCAGAGCGACGGGAAGCAGAACGCGCUGUACCAGUCCUGCCACGAGGAUGAGAACGACGUGCAGACCAUCUCCCACAAGUGCCAGGUAGUGGGGCGCGAGCAGUAUGAGCAGAUGACACGGAGCCGCAAGUGCCAGGACCGGCGGGACCUCUACUACCUGGCGGGCACCUACGACCCCACCACCGGGCGCCUGGUGACGGCCGAUGGUGUGCCCAUCCUGUGCUGAGCCUGCACAGACCGGCUGCAGGUGACCCACCUGCCCCGCCAUGCCCAGUGACAGAGCCACAGGGACGUGAGGACGUGAGGACCCAGCCCCAUGCCUCCGAGCGGGAGGCUGGCCCACACCUCGGAGGGGCAGGUCUGAGCAAAUAUGCAAACCCACCAAGGCAAGAUCCAGGCUUUUUUAUUAUUUUCCCUGGAAGGAGAGAGAGCUUUUGGGCAUCAGAACCCAGUUCAUCCGUCUGCUGCGGAGGGUCAGCUGUGCCCCGACUGGGACCUACCGGCCCUCUCUGUUUUCCCACAUCGGCAGUUCACGAGAGAUUAGAAUCCAAGCCAUAUUUUCCCUAGUACCUCCGACUGUCUCCCACCAGGGAAAGCAGAAAUCAGGUGUGUUGUCUAUUUAUUUCUCUAUGUAAAUAUUGUAUUUCUGCGGGAAAGUUUUAUGGAAAAAAAGCCGAAAAGGAUUUUUUUUUCCUCACAUGCGUAACGAGGGUACGCGUGCGUGAGUGUGUGUGUGUGUGUGUGUGUGUGUGUGUG